UACGCUUGAUUGGAAAUCUGGAAUGGCUUCGUUCAAAGGAAAGGAAGGAACCUCUUGUGAAGAAGCAACAGCCUUGCAAGAGACAGAAACCCUGGUAAAUAAUGGCCAGAACCAUGCUAAAGCUCCUGUAAAAAUGGAUGGGGCUAAAAGCUCCAAAUACGAGAGUUUAUGCAAGAUAAUUGCAGUCAUCAUUGUUGUUGUGGCUUUCGUAUCGCAUUUGCUACGUGGCGCACACGAGGGUAGGUUUUCUCGAGUCUUCUAUUUCAUGUUCUGUUUUCAUGCCUUGUUGCAUUUUGAAAUGAUAUCUCUUGUUUCCUUCCACCUUGAAGUUGGGCAAGGCUAAUAUUUAUAAGUGAUUGUUUGAGAUUUGUUUCGAGUCUUAAUUCGACCUGUUAAAUAUUAACGUGAUAUGUCUGACCGUCUGCUUCCUGAGAAACUGUCAAACGUUGUAAAUAAAAGGAAUUUUUGAAGAAAGAUACACGUGCAGCAUCGUUCUUCAAAAAAUUCCUUUUAUUUUUGCUGUGGUUAUAAUUUUGUCUGACACCAGAUCCAAAUAUGUACAUGCUAUUCAUCUGACAAAAAUGUUUCCCUCAUUGCUAGGGAUACAACUAUAACAGACAGCUCAAGAUUAAUUCCUCGGUAGUCAAGUGGUUUUAUGGCCAGGGCCGUAGCAACCGGGUGGGGGGCAAUAAUUUGCUAAUAAUCAUUUGUUUUUCUAAAUCAUGCAGACUUUUAUCAUUAAUCCAUGAAAAACUGCAAAGAAUGAAGAUAUUACCCAUACUUUCUUGCAACUUAUCCAAUAUAUAGUUAAUUAGAUAUGCCUUCGCCCAUUUAGUACUACUAAAUUGUAAAUUUCGACAUACUAAAAUGCUGUUUUGUGACCAUCAGAAUUCUAUCAAAUCUUCCCCAAAGUCCAGAGACUCUAAAUUUAAAAAUUUCCUUGGGCCUUCGGCCCUCGCUUUCAGUCCCCCCAAUCGAAAAGAGCUUCCUACGGCCCUGAUGCCUCACCCCCAUUUCCAAAACUAGUAGAGGUGCACCCCCCAGUAAACCAUCCCUGCAUGUGCUAACAUCUCACCCCCCCCCCACCCUUUGCCAAUAUUAGCACAAUAAUUGUGACACAUUUUCUCUAGGAAGUGGCAGUUGUACACAUCUUUUGACAAAAGGAAGAUGGAGGGAGGGACUUGGAAAAGAGAUAUGGCAGCCUUUUGGUUGCAUGAUGCAUCAAUAUCACAUGAAGUAAUUUGAAAAUGAUAUAAUUACAUGUUCUAUAAUAUCACUUGGAAUUCAGUUCUUUCUGACAAUAGACAUUUAACUCAUUGAGUGCCAGGGUACUGUCCUCAACAAGUUAAAUAUUGGACUAGAGACUGUGCAACUUGAUGGUCUGGUUAACUAUAGGCAUGGGUAGAGUCUAAUUAUCUCAUUGAACGUCAGUACUCUUCCCUUCAUGAGUAACAUUGUCUGGCAUUACUAUUAGACAGAGUAGAAAUAAAGUAUUGUAAUGUUUAUUAGGGUGUGCGUAAUAUAGAACUUUAUGGGUUAACUAGACACAUGGGUAGAUAGUUUGAUUUACUUGUAUUGAGUGUCAGCACUUUCCCUUUGACAAUAAAAUGAUCUGGGUUACACAAAGUUAAAUAAUAAAGUAGGGCGUACAUUGGAGUGAUAUGAAAUUCAACGGUUAAUACUAGAUCACAUGAGUGGAUAAUCUGAUUAACAAUAACCUUACAGUAAUGACCAAUCUCAUUGUUGUUUUAAUUUAGGGAGAUUCGAACGUGUCUGCAAAACCGACCGCUGGCUUUUGUGGGUGAUUCAAGAUUAAGAGAUGUUUAUAAUUUGUUGCUUCAUGAACUAGCUGGAACAGAUGAAGAAGCAAACAAAAAAGCUGUAUGAAUAAAUGUGCACUUGUCUCUUAUUGUACAGUAAACCUUGCCUCUCUGUUAAAAUGAAUUGCCAUAAUUUUCAUGUGCCUGAAUGGCAAACAUAAUACAGCUUGAUGAGCGAGCAUGGAGCCAGGCACCUUUAGGUUCAGGAAUUUGGGUCUCCUAUAAUUUGUAAACUCUGAGUUAGUAAUACAAAGUCAUGUAAAAGUAGAAUCAUUAGGUGAGACUUUCUUUAUUUAUUGGUUUACGGAUUUUACUUUAAAAAAAAAACAGGUCAGUAGGUUGGAAAAAAAUUAAAAAAAACAUUGUUUUUCAAGAUUGUCACAACGAUACCAUGAGCCAAAGAGUCAAAGUUUACUUGGCGUGAACUUUGUGUCAGAAUCCCAAAUGAACUAAAAUCAUAAAGUUGUUGACAUCCAAAUUUUUUUUCAAUUUCUGAAUAUUUAUGGUUGGCGGAUCCGUAAACCAAUAAAUAAAAAAAGUCUCACCUUAUGAUAACAAUUUUCCUUUGUUUUUACAGCACCGCAAUUUGUCAUAUACUGGGGAAAACAAUGUAUCAAUAGUAAGCCGAAAGUUUAUAUUUAUAUCAAAACUGUAAAAUGAGUUGUUUUAAAUUAAGGUUGGAUAUAUUUUCACAUGUGUUUUACAUUGAGUGCCAGCACUUACUGUCCUUAAUUAAUGAGUAAAAUCUUCUGGCAUUAGACACAGUAAAUUAAUAAUAAAGAAGGCUUCAUGCAUCAUGAUGGCACAUUGCAACUAAGGGACCGGUCAUAAAGUAAAAGGGGGUUGGGCUGGGAAAAAUAGGAAAAUAGGAGGUGGGUCACUAUUUUUGAGCACAGUUGAAGGGGUGGGUCAUCGAAAGUUAAAUGCAAUCAUAAGGGUGGGCCAUGUAAAAAUAUGCAGAAGAUUGGGCCCCAGUCGGGUUUUUUUGUGUUAAAAAUUUCCGAUAUCUGUUUUUUGGGCUAAGUAGCAAAACAAAUUUUUUCUGGAAAAAAUUGGAAAAGGGGUGGGUCAUAAUUUUUCAGCACCAAUACAAGGGUGGGCUACAAAUUUUCGUGCAGCUAUUAAGGGGUGGGCUACGUACCAAAAGUGCAGACAAGAAAUAUAUGAUUUUCCCAGCCCCCUCUCCCCCCCACUUUACUUUAUGACCGGUCCCUAAGGAUGAAAAGGUCACCAAUCAUGAUUGUAAUAUGAUCCAUAAGUGAUGAAUUUUUUGACUUGUAGAACUUCUUUUGGAUGCCAGAAGUGAAUGCAUCAAUGGAAUACUUGUUUAAGCAUUGGCUCAAGGUAUAAUUUUUACUCUUGACUCACUUUGUAACAUUGUACUUGUACUAUUUUACUCUAAUUUCUUUUUCACUUUUUUAUAGCAUUCAGUGGGUCGACCAAGUUUCAUUGUGGCUGGGGCGUCAUUGGUAAUUUUGCUAUAAAUCAUUCACACUUUAUUACCCAAUAUGAAUUAUUAAAUUUUGAUAUUAAAGUUUAUUCAAUUAACAAUUAAGUUUCCUCCAUAAAUUGUUCUUUUUCUAGUGGACAAUCAAGAAUAGAGAUAAUGCUUUGCAAGAAUACAAAGGUUCGCCACAAAACAUCGUACUAACAUUACCUGCAUUAACCUAUUAAUUAAUGCCCAACAUGUUCAUGAGAUAAGCAAGUUGCCUGGUUAACAUUUGUUUGACAUUUAAGUCAGAGAGUAAUAUAUCGCAUAGAAAACUUCUGAUUGAUAGGGAGGGCUACUAAGGGGCGGACCAUUAGAAAAGUGAUGGGGGGGGGGCAAAAAUAAAAAUUGCGCAGGGAAAAACAGAAAGAAAGAAAAAAAUUGUGUGCCAAGAAAGUUUGAAAAAAAAUUUGUGCAGAGACUUUUCAAUAGGGAAAAUUAUAUAUAAGGUGAAAUAAAAAAAAAAUUGUGCAAGGAUUAGGGAUUAUAUUUUAAAAAAUUAUUGACACAAGCAAAAAAUUUAAAGUUUGAAAACAAAUUUGUGCUCCAAAAAAGUUUGAAAAAAAAUUUGUGCAGAGACUUUUCAAAAGGGAAAAUUAUAAGGUGAAAUAAAAAAAAUUUGUGCAAGUAUUAGGGAUUAUAUUUUAAAAAAUUAUCGACACAAGCAAAAAAUUAAAAAAAAAAAUAUUUGUACAAGUUAAAAAAGUCCCCCCCCCCAUCACUUUUCUAAUGGUCCGCCCCUAACUUCCUGACAAAGGGCUUUUGCUUGAAAAGUUGAAGUAAUUCAAUCUCCUUGUAUUUUUCAGGUAGUUGUAUCCCUAUCAAUCCAAAAGUUUUGUUACUAUCAGUACUAUACCUACAAUGGCACAGAUCUUUCAAUAAUACUGCAUGCAUUCAAUGGGUUAAAGUUGUGUUUCAUUGUAAUUCUGUGUUGUAGCGAACUUCACACGAGUCAAAGACGUGAUGAACGCACUUGGCACUGUGAAUGAUGGAGAGUUUGAAAAAAUGUUGAAAGCUUCGAAAGCAUUGAAGAUUAAAGUGAACAGAGAUGAAUUUCCAAAAUCUCCUGUCGUUGCCUGGAAAUUGCAAG